CCUUUCUUUAUUAUUCCAGCCUUUAACACCGUAGAGUAAUAUUUAAACACUAGAACCUUUAUUUUACUUCCAGAUAAAUCAGAAUUGAAGCUCUGAGCAGCAGGUUUUCAGCUCUCUGCAGAUCCAGCGUCAGUGUGUGAUCCUGGGUUGAUAAUUGCAAUAUGGCGCCUUUAAAAGACCAAACUCGGAUGCUAGGAGGUGUCACUAGAAUAAAGCUGCUCAUCGUCCUCCCUGAUCCUCCGAAACAAACACAAAGAGACAUCCGUGUUGACGGACGCUGAAGCGACGAGAAGCCGCCUGUCAUCCAGCAUCACAGGGUCGGUGUGGAGCGUCAACAGGUCCCUCCUUCCCAGCAGUGCUCUUACGUCUGUGAUCUCAUUCUUUUGGUCUGUAGAGCCGUUAUCCCGUUCUGAUCCGGAGAUAAAGCCGCCCCCAGGGAACCGUCCGGGAUGUGGAUGAGCUCGUUUGCACGUUUUGCCCUUCCCGCCCUUCAGAGGAGCUCCGGCGUCGCGGCCCGCCGGGUUCUGGGGGCGUGUCGAACUCCGGUACCGCCGCCGUCACGCCUCACUUCAGUGCAGCUCCGCGGGCAGCAGACCCUGGGCUCGGCCUCCCUGUCGGCGGGUCGCCAGCCGGUCAGGCAGGUCCGGGCUCUGGAACAGGAGAGGAUGGUGGAGGUGGAGUGGGAGGACGGCGGCCACAGUCUGUAUCCCUUCACCUGGCUCAGAGACAACUGCCAGUGUCCUCGCUGCACUCUGGAGUCGGCCCAGGCCCGGCUACUCCUCCUGACCGACCUGGACAUCCACAUCGGGGUGGAGGCCGUGGAGCUCACCAACGACAACAAGAUUUCCAUUGUGUGGCCCGACCAGCACAUCAGCCUGUUUGAUGCAGAGUGGCUGAAAAAACGCUGCUUCUCUGCUGCCGCAAGACAAGCCAUGCAAGACGAGCUUUUCCUCAACGAACGGUUCUUGUGGGACUCCUCGCUGCUCAUCCCCACCGCCGACUACCAGCAGGUCCUGGAGGACGACGAGGCGGCUCUGGCCUGGCUUCUGGCUCUGAGGAGGGUCGGCAUCGUCUCCCUGAAGGGGGCGCCGGCUGAGAGGGGCCAGGUGUCCCGGCUGGCCCAGAAGAUCGGGUAUCUCCGGCUGACGUUCUACGGGCACACGUGGCAGGUCCAGGACAAACCCAUGGCCAACAACGUGGCCUACACCUCCGGGAAGCUCAGCCAGCACACCGACUACCCGGCUCUACACUUCGCACCCGGAGUCCAGUUCCUGCACUGCAUCAACCAGGCGGUGGAAGGAGGUGAGAGCGAGGCAGUGGACGGCUUCCACAUGGCCCAGCUGCUGCAGAGAGAAGACCCCGAGGCCUUCAGGACACUCAGCUCGCUGCUCGUCGACUUCACCGACACCGGAGCCGACUACUGCGACUUCAGGCUGCAGAGCAAGAACCACAUCAUCGACGUUGAUGCCGAGGGCCGAGUCGUCAGGAUAAACUACAACAACGCCACCAGAGACUCAGUCCUGGACCUCCCUCUACACCAGGUCCAGCCAUUCUACAGAGCACUCAGGUCCUACGUGGACAUCAUGAACCGACCGGAGAACGUGGUGACCUACAGGAUGGAACCAGGUCAGUGGAACCCUAAAGGCUCCAGCAUAUCUUCAUUUUAUCUUUAGCUUUGUCCGACAAAGUUAAAGUAGAAUGCCU